CCCAGGCCCGAGGCAGCCAGGCCGCAGCUGUGGCUGCGUCUGCCUCCCGUGGCUCCAUUGGCGCUGGCCUCGCAUUGGUGGGCUCGAUUGGCUGCCCAGCCUGGCACUGACGUCGCUUGGAGCCUGGUGGCAGCUGGAGGUAAACAGCCAUGUGCAUUCCUUCACUCUAUAUUUAACAGCUGUGGUGUGGACCUGAGAAGGCAGCGGCCAGGCACAGUGGCGGCUCGCUGGGCUGCUCUUGUCUUUGGGGAGAAGGCCUUCGGAACUGGACUGGCACUGGCCUUCUCUGUUUGACUGAGGUGGCCAUGCCAGCUUCCCAGAGCCGGGCCCGAGCCCGGGACCGAAACAAUGUCCUCAACCGGGCUGAGUUCCUGUCCCUGAACCAACAUCUCAAGGGGGCCCCAGAGCCCCGAAGCUCAGGCAGGAAGGCCCCAGGCCCAUCAACACAGCCUCCACCCCCUGGUGAUGGGGCCCGUGAGCGGCGCCAGUCACAGCAGCUGCCCGAGGAGGACUGCAUGCAGCUGAACCCCUCCUUCAAGGGCAUCGCCUUCAACUCCCUGCUGGCCAUCGACAUCUGCAUGUCCAAGCGGCUGGGGGUUUGUGCCAGCCGGGCCUCGUCCUGGGCCAGCGCCCGCUCCAUGGUCAAGCUCAUCGGCAUCACGGGCCACGGCAUCCCCUGGAUCGGGGGCACCAUCCUCUGCCUCGUGAAGAGCAGCACGCUGGCCGGCCAGGAGGUGCUCAUGAACCUGCUUCUGGCCUUGCUCCUGGACAUCAUGACGGUGGCCGGUGUGCAGAAGCUCAUCAAGCGACGUGGUCCGUAUGAGAUGAGCCCCAGCCUGCUGGACUACCUCACCAUGGACAUCUACGCCUUCCCAGCUGGGCACGCCAGCCGCGCCGCCAUGGUGUCCAAGUUCUUCCUCAGCCACCUGGUGCUGGCAGUGCCCCUUCGCGUCCUCCUGGUGCUCUGGGCCUUCUGCGUGGGCCUGUCGCGCGUCAUGAUAGGACGCCACCACAUUACGGACGUCAUCUCGGGCUUCAUCAUCGGCUACUUCCAGUUCCGGCUGGUGGAGCUGGUCUGGAUGUCCUCCAACACCUGCCAGAUGCUCAUCUCGGCCUGGUGA